AUGUCCCAAUUGGCCGACCAGAUGCGGUACGACGCCGUUGCCACCGUCGGCUGUCCAGCCCACAUCGGCUCGGCCGCGCUACCCAGGAGUUUCAGCGCCGGCGGUGGAUCGGCGAAUUCGAGGUCCGAUUACAGCGAGCUAAUCAGGGCGGCUUCCGUAAGGGAUCAUUUGGGGAGCAAGAGUGUUUCUCAGAAACAGGGUCCGGCGGCAGCCGGCAAAGUCAGGGGAGGAGCAGGGAAGGUGCCCAGAAGCUAUAGCGUUGGUCUUGGAAGGAUUGAAGAGGAGAAGUCCGGCGAAUUGGGGGAAGAUUAUACUUCGAUUGGUAGUGGCGCUUUUCACAGAAGCAGAAGUUGCGCCGUUUCCGCCGCCGGCGGUGUACUCGCCGGGAUCAGGACGGGUAAAUUCCAGAAGCCAGUGGCAAUUGCAACAGCUCUAGCCUAG